AUGGAGCGAGGGAGAAUCAGCUGUUCGAUCUGUCUGGAUCUUCUGAAGGAGCCAGUGACUCUUACCUGUGGACACAGCUUCUGUAAGAACUGUAUUAAAGACCACUGGGACUCAGAGGAUGAGAAGAGGAUCUACAGCUGCCCUCAGUGUAGAGAGGCCUUCAGGCCAAGACCUGAAGUGAAGAAGAACACCAUGUUGGCAGAUUUAGUGGAGGAGCUGAAGAAGACCGGACUGCACGGUGCUCCUGACGAGCACUGCUAUGCCGGAGCUGAAGAUGUGGCCUGUGAUGUCUGCACUGGCAGGAAACUGAAAGCCCUCAAGUCCUGUUUGGUUUGUUUGGCCUCUUACUGUAAGGAACACCUCCAGCCUCAUCGUCACUCGCCUCCAUUAAAGAAGCACAAGCUGGUGGAGCCCUCCGAGAACCUCCAGGAGAACAUCUGCCCCCGUCAUGACGAGGUGAUGAAGAUGUUUUGCCGCACUGAUCAGCAGCGCAUCUGUUAUCUCUGCUCGGUGGACGAACAUGAAGGCCACGACACGGCCACGGCCGCGGCGGAGAGGACGCAGAAGCAGAGCGAGCUGGAGCGGAGUCUCCAAGAAGUCCAGCAGAGACUCCAGGACAGAGGCAAAGACGUGAAGGUGCUGCGACAGGGGGUGGAGGCUCUGAAUCGAUCUGCUGACAAAGCCACGGAGGACACUGACGAGAUCUUCACCGAGAUGACGCGUCUCCUGCAGAAGAGAAGCUCUGACGUGAAGCAGCAGAUCAGAUCGGAGCAGGAAACCGAAGUGAGUCGAGUCAGAGACGUCGAGGAGAAGCUACAGCGGGAGAUCGCCGAGCUGAAGAAGAGAGAAGCUGAACUGAAGCGGCUCUCACUCACACACGACCACAACCACUUUCUCCUCAAAUACCGCUCGCUGUCUGCACUCAGUCCGUCCACACACUCGUCCACCAGCAUCAAAGUACGUCCUCUGAGACACUUAGAGGACAUGACAGUGGCUGUAGCAAAGCUCAGAGGUAAACUGCAGGACCUACUGAGCGAGACUCGAGUGGACGUCUCGCUGCCAUGCCCACAACCGAAGACCAGAGCCGAGUUCCUCACACAUUCACAGGAAAUCACUCUGGACCCAAACACGGUGAACGCGUGGAUGUCGUUGUCUGAGGGAAACAUGAAAGUCACCGUCGUGAAGGAGAACCUGUCGUAUCCUCGUCACCCGGACAGAUUCACUGACGAUUAUCAGGUGCUGAGUGGACAGAGCGUGAGUGGACGCUGUUACUGGGAGGUGGAGUGGAGAGGAGGAGAAGGAGUCAGCGUCGCCGUCGCAUAUAAGAACAUCAGACGAUCAGGAGGGUCGUCGGGUGGAUGUGGGUUUGGAUUCAACGACAGAUCCUGGGCUAUGUAUUGUUACCACGACAGCUGUAACUUUGGCCACAACAGAGUCUGGACCAGGGUCUCGGGCGGUCUGACCUCCAGAAUCGGAGUCUACCUGGACCAGAACGCAGGUCGCCUGUCUUUCUACAGAGUCUCCGAUGACACCGUGACUCUGCUCCACAGAGUCCACGCCACGUUCACUCAGCCACUCUACGCCGGAGUUGGAUUUAACUACGAUCUUUUCUAUUUGCCCGGAGACACGGCCGAGUUCUGUCAACUCAAAUAA